AUGGCAGGUUAUCAAUUGCUACUCCUGAUGCUCUGUGCUUUGGGACUGGUCCUUGAAUCGCGGGCAGAAUGUACUCUAACUCGUGCUAUGGUCGAGGGAACGAAUCGCCUGUUCACCUAUAGGAAUGCGGCCGGUCAAUAUGAUCUAAAGCGUACACUCCGAGUGCGUGAAGGCGAGGUAUUACAUAUGAUCUGUCAGCCGAAUGACAUCAUUCAGACCACUUGCCAGAGGAACGGCCGAUUUUCACGCUCAUUGCCCAUGCAUUGUACAAAUCCCAUGUUCCCUGGUGCAACUGUUGUCACGGACAACACUUGUGGGCAGACCAUGUAUUCCAUUGGCUAUACCAUCAAUAAUCACCGCAUGGAACUGUAUCGUGCCUGCUACGAUCGGACCAAUGUGCGGGCCCAUUUUACAGUUCAUUCGGUAUAUGCCAAGAGCUUCUAUCCACGCCGUCCCUGCACACAAUUCACUCGAGAUGGUGUUCUCACGGAGGCAGAUGCCAAUAGUUUUCUCACACGUAAUAUCUUCAGGACCUUUAGGCGACUCUUUGGCAAUCGCCAGACUUACAUACCCAACGAUCGGACUGUAGUUAUCAAUCGUGGCCAUCUGGCCCCCUCGGCUGAUUUUCUCUUUGGCGAUCAGAUGUGCGCCACCUUCAAAUAUGUGAAUGUGGUGCCUCAAUUUAAAGCCAUUAACGAUGGCAAUUGGGAGACCAUUGAGCGAUGGGUCCGCAAUCAGAUCACUGGAGAGGCCAGGCUUAACAUUAAAACUGGUACUGUAGGGACUUUAUCUCUUAAUCAAACACCAACUCGCCGGCGUCAAGUAAUCCUCGGCACUGCCACAAAGAAUCCGGUUCCAGAGUGGAUGUACAAACGGGUGCGAACAGCCACCAAUCAGCCACUUGCCAUCUUUGUGACCUACAACAAUAUCUAUGCCACCCGCCGGCCUCCAGCUCCUUCCAUCUGUAACAGCGUGCCAUGUCCUGUUACUUUAGUGGACACUGCUAGGGCAGGUUACACAUAUUGCUGCAAUACUACAACGUUCCCUCUAUAA